GAUGAGCUGGAAAACCUAGCACUGAGCCACUGCUAACACCGGGAGGCAAAGGACGCGGGAGAUGGCUGUGCAGGCUGCCAUCAUGAAUCCUCACUUCAUCCAUUUCUGCUUCCCCGGUUCCUCGGUGGAGUACGAGGUGGAGAGUGCUUACAGCGGGGCGCUGCUGGGAGAGGUGGGCAGCUCCGGGGAAUUGAAGGAAACCACCAGCGCCCUCCUCAACUUCAUCGACUCAGCCUCCAGCAACAUCAAGCUGGCUUUAGACAAGCCGGUCAAAUCCAAGCGGAAAGUCAACCACAGAAAGUAUUUGCAGAAGCAGAUUAAGAGGUGCACCGGGAUGAUCUCCGGCGGCAGUAGCAGUUCAGGAGGCGGCCAGGAGGCGGGUAGUAAGAGACAAGUGCCUCUGUCCUCCUCCUCCAGCGGCGGCGGCGGUACCGGCCAUUUCCAGUGCAAGCCGCCGCCCAAGAAGGACGCCUCCCAGUCAAGCCUCCAAAGCAAGUCCCUGGCGGCGCUGUUUGACUCGGUCCGGGAUCUCCGGCGAUCGGCGGCGGGUGACCGGGCCCUGGUGGCGGCUGCAGCCGCCGGGAGCAGCAGGAAGAUCCCGCUGAGGAACCGCAACUUGCCGCCGUCUUUCUUCACCGAGCCGGCCAACGUGAAGAUCACCUCGACCUCCGGGAUGUCCCUCAAGGACCUGGAGAGGGGCAACCCCGAGGCCGCCGAGUUCUUCGAGCUGCUCGGGCCGGAUUACAGCAACAUGAUCUCCGGGCAGGAGCCCUUCCUGGGCUCGGCUCUGCGGAUCCAGCAGGAAGGCAACUGCGAGCUCGCCUCGUACGAUUCCUACCGCGGCCUGGGCUCCCUGGGCGGCAGCUUGGCCCACUUCCCGGAGCCCUGGCUCCCCUGCAGCGCCGCCAAGAAGAGCCCCACAGGCGGCUGCAACCUCGCCGUUAGCGAAGGGGCUCGGACACUGCCCGUACAGACACCGUUAUAUCCCAACAACCAAGCCGUAAACUCUUCACCCAUGGAGGAGCCCCCAGUCAGUCUAGUCAGCUUCCCGCAGUUUUUCCCGGAAUGUUCACUCCCGCAGGUCCCCUACGAAUACAGCCCGGGAUAUAACUGCAGCAGACAAAACUUCCCGAGUCUUUAAUCAUCCCCGUUUUCCAGUCACUACUUCACCACGCAAAGUCUCUUGAACUGGGCUCCGUUGUAUUUGACCAGUAUUACAGGUGAAUUGUUCAGAAAGGGAGAUCGGUAAAAGGCCCUUUUUUUUUGUACUUUCCAAUACGAAUCCGCAAUGUGCAUUCACUCGAGCUAUACCUAACUUUAGAAUUAAGGCACGGUGCCUUCAAUUCCGUCGCGAAGAAGAUGACACUUUUCCACAGUGUUUUACACGAGGGGACCAGCUCAUAGCGAGUAUCCUGGUUGCUAACAUUUUUUAGGGCAAACAUAAUGGCUGGUUAUUAUUCCGUGUUAGUUUAGAUCACGAAAUCGUGUAAAAUGUGAGCAGGCGUGCUGUAAUGGGGUAUGAAGCUUGUGCUGAAUUGCAAAACGGGUCCUUCCAACUUCCAAUGUUGCAUGAAAGUCGAAAAGAAAAAUAAUCUUUUACUUCAAGUUUGGCGUUGUUGUCUUUCAAACGGUGUUUAGAUGCAAUUGCACUUUGUGGAUUGAAAGAUUUGACUAAGUCUGUAUUGAUUCAGCGAACAGUUCUGUACGUGACAACGGACGACAAGUCCCGCACUGCCAGUACACAAACAUAAUAAUAAGGUAUAUUGUAGUCAAAAAAUCUGUUUAAAACGAUAUAAUUUUGAACGUGUACACCAAAACAUCGGGUAGCUAAACCCAACCUGCUGCGUUAGAUUAAUGGGUACUAAGGAAAUGCGACACAGUUAACAUUGAACCAUAAUUGCAUUUGGUUUUGGAAUAAAUAAACGUUUUUAGAA